AUGGUCGUGCCGACCUUCGAGAUUUCCCAGGAACAAACAAGGCGAGCGCCCACUCUGGAAAAGAGAGCCCCAUGGUGCACAAAGUGGGCGUACAUGACCAUCGUGUUGGAGGUGCUUGCCUGGCUAACAGUUCCUAUAGUUUCCUUUCUGACCACGCCCGGGUACCUCGUGUAUGUAUUUGGAUGGCUGCUGCUGGUGGCGAUAUGUCGGGAAGGAGUGGCGGCCGUGGUCAAGGAUCCGAUAUUGCUGUGCUUCAGGCGCGGUGCCAUUCCUUCAUGGAGCUUCAGAUGCUUCACGAUUGCCCUGCGGUUUUUCAUAAUUGUGUCUCCGCUUGAAGUGUUCAACCCCCACAUCAAUCACAGCACGACCAUUCCUGCCGCUCUGGAGCGUGUCAACAAGGACUUCAAAUCUUCCCGGGGUCUAGGCCAAAACUGCUCUGUCGUGCCCGAGUGGCUGCAGCCGAUCUGCAAGGAGGGCAGAUUCCCUGUCUCCGCUUAUACGGAGUGCGUGGAGAAACUACCUUCAAAUUUACGUGGCUUCUGCAACGCAAAAGCCUGCACGGUCAAUAAAUUCGGAGAUGGCCCGUUCUACACGGUUAUUGUUGGUCCCAUGCUUGCCCUGUUCGGCCUGUGCAUCUGCUACGCCUUAGAGGCGUGUUUCUACGCCUUGGAGGCGUGCUACCGCUGCUGCAGGAGUUACUUCUGUGACGACGCCCCCAGUUCAUCGGAUUCGGAGGUGGACGAUGAGGAAAAGAUCGGCCUCAUGCAGAGGCUUGCGGGAGCCAUUUUGCUGGCUCUGCAGGUUAAGGAGGACGAUAGUGAGGUGACCCGCAUGGUGAAGAAGAUCUGGAUAGCCAAAGACAUCUUUCUGGUAGCUGCGGAUGUCCUUCUGGACUCGAACUGUGUUUUGACUUUCUUCCAGACAGGGCAUCACCUUUUCGGUACUGCGGCAUUGGCGAUCCUUUUGUGGUCCUUGGGCCAGCAGUUGGUCAGCCACAGCCUCCAAGAUUUGUACAGCGAGGCAGUUGCCAGCAUCGGUGCUGGUAUGCUAAGUGACGGGUUUCUACGGAUGACACGGACCGAACAGUCUGUGGAAGCACCGCUCAGCUUGGUGCUCCAGGUGUAUACAUGUCCUUAUGUCACGGUUACAAGCACAUGGGCGCUGCUGACUUUUGUGCCGUCCAUCGUGCUCAGCAUUUGCACCAUCUCCGAAGCUGUGUUCAAGUUGCUGUAUGUUGACAUGCUUUCGGUUGUUUUGGCCUCCGGGCAGAGGGAUGCGUCGUAUGAGCGGGUGGUCCGCGCAACUGAUUAG